CCCCCCUCUCUCUCAACUCUUGUUUCCUUGUUCUUUUGUCUCUUUCUCUCUCUCUGUCUCAAGUCUCACUACACUGUGAGCAGAGUGAGAUAGUUGAACCACAGAGAACAACAGGUUCAGGCUCAGAUCAACAACAACAAUGGCUUCCUCUUCCAAGGACCGUGAGAACUUCGUCUAUAUAGCUAAGCUUGCCGAGCAAGCUGAACGCUAUGAUGAAAUGGUGGAGGCCAUGAAGAAGGUAGCGAAGCUUGACGUUGAGCUGAGUGUGGAAGAGAGGAACCUGUUCUCUGUUGGGUACAAGAACGUGGUGGGUUCAAGGAGGGCUUCAUGGAGGAUCCUGUCAAAGAUAGAGCAGAAGGAAGAGUCAAGGGGCAAUGAGGUAAAUGCAAAGCGCAUAAGGGAAUACAUGCACAAGGUGGAGUUGGAGCUCUCCAAAAUUUGCAGUGACAUUAUGAUUGUCUUAGAUGAGCAUCUUAUCCCAUCCACUAAUGUUGCUGAGUCCACUGUUUUUUACUAUAAAAUGAAAGGAGAUUACUAUCGGUAUUUAGCGGAAUUUAAAGAUGGUGAUGAGAAAAAAGAGGUGGCAGAUCAGUCACUUAAAGCAUAUGAGGCAGCUGCUACAACUGCCGAGAGUGAAUUACCACCUACGCAUCCUAUCCGACUGGGUCUAAUUCUAAAUUUCUCAGUGUUUUAUUAUGAGAUAAUGAAUUCAUCUGAAAGGGCAUGCCACCUUGCGAAACAAGCCUUUGAUGAUGCUGUUUCGGAGCUGGAUUCCCUGAAUGAGGACUCUUACAAGGACAGUACCUUGAUCAUGCAACUUUUAAGAGACAACCUUAUUUUGUGGACUUCUGAUAUCCUAGAAGAUGGUGAUGAUGAAAAGUUGGAAAGCACAGGCAAGGGUGGUCAAGCAGAAGAUGAGGUUGGCCGCUAAAUAGUUUGUUCUUGUCAACUUUGGGUGAUGCACCUCACAAACAUUCAUUGAGUUAAUUGUUAUUUUAGCUUGAGAGAACAUUUGAAUCAUUGCUAUUGUUGGCUAUUAGUCUUCUUAAGUUUCUGCAACAAACAACACUAUUGAUUUGGAACA